UCACGUGACUCUUUAUACUGCUAGAAGCCAGUAAAAUUUGGUCAUGAAUGCAUUAGAGGUCACUAAGAGUAACGUAGGCACUGCAGCGGUUAGCUUUGGGUUUACAAAGGCUAAGGCUGCUGCAAUUGCUCAUGCGGUUGAGGGUUUGACCACUGCAAUGGCCUCACAGCUACAGCGUGUUUGGACGCUUGUUGAUGUGGUGAGCCAAAGGCUUAUGGUUCAAGGAAGCAGAGGUUUGGUCAAUGCAUCGAGAUGUAAAUAUAUUAAUGCGUUUGAUGCAUUUAGUAAGAUCAUUUCUGCUGAUGGACCAAAGGGACUGUACAGAGGAUUUGGGAUAUCUAUUUUGACUUAUGCCCAGUCUAAUGCGCUCUGGUGGGCUUCCUACUCUGUUGCACAACGAAUGGUUUAGAGUGGAGCUUGGUGUUAUGUUUGCACCAACAACGAGAAUGGGAACAAUAGGGUGAUUAAACCGGACUCCAAAGUGAUAAUGGCUUUUCAAGGGGUUAGUGCCGCCAUUGCUGGUAGUGUCUCCACUUUGAUUACAAUCAAGACUAGACUGCAGGUUCUAGAUGGGGAAGAUAGUAAUAGUAGUAGUAACAAUAGGAAGUGCAGUCCGACUAUUCGACAGACAGUUAGAAGCUUGGUCAGGGAAGGUGGUUGGAUGGCUUGUUACAGAGGAUUGGGACCAAGAUGCGCUUCUAUGUCGAUGUCUGCUACAACUACGAUCACUACUUAGGAGUUCUUGAAGCGUCUUUCUGCAAAGAACCAUGACAUGUCUUACUCUAAAUCAUAG